AUGUAAACUCUUGUUGGAACCAAAAAAGGAUAAAUUUAUCAUCUCGAAAUCAACAGACCCAAACAACUGAAUACCAUGUCAAAACAGCUAUUUCAAGAUUUGAAGGCUGCAGUCGAUAUUAUUAAUCAGACUGACGAUGUUAGAGUUGUAGUUUUCACAGGAAGAGGAAAGCAUUUCUGUGCUGGUCUUGACCUCAAAGAGGCUCCAUCAAUGUUCUAAGUACUUUUUAAAGAUAUAUUAAAGUCAAUCAGAAUUUAUAAUUUAAUUAAAGAUUGGCAAUUAUCCAUGACAUCAUUAUCCAGAAUCAGAGUCCCAGUCAUAGUUGGCAUCUAAGGAUGCUGUUUUGGAGGUGCUAUUGAUCUGAUUACUUCUGCUGACAUCAAAUAUUGCUCUGAAGAUUCUAAAUUCUCAAUCAAAGAAAUUGAUAUUGGAAUGGCUGCUGAUAUAGGAACACUUCAAAGAUUGGGUUAAUAAAAUGCCAAUACCUCACUCUUCAGGGAAUUGGCCUAUACUGGAAGAAUUUUUGAUGCCUAGGAAGCAUUACAUCUAGGUUUAGUAAGCAAAGUAGUUAAGAAUGACCAGCUAAAUGAUGAAAUUAUUAAGCUUGCUGAGGUUAUUGCUGCUAAGUCUCCAGUUGGAAUUUAUACAAUUAAAAGCAUCUUGACAAGGGAAUCAAAUUUAGAUUCAUAAUUAGAGGUUAUGGCAAGAACCAAUAUGUCUCUGGGUUUUACAAAUGAUAUGCCUACUGGAAUUACAGCUCUAAUCACAAAAAGCAAGGCAGAGUUUCCAAAAUUAUGA